UCUCCCAAUUCCGCUGCUGUCUCAGCAUCCAUCCUGCAUGAGAUGAUGUUCCGGAGAGCAGGUGGCGCCGAACGGAGGAGACGCGCGACCGGGCAAAAUCAAUAGACAAGGAGAGGACACGCGACCGAGAGGAAUUUUCUGCCGUCCUCUUCUCUUGUCUCGGUUUGAGCGGCGUGAAAGUUUCCACUCCUUCGCACCACUACCACCCUGUGCAUUUUUUUCUAUACAUUUUUUUGGGGCAGAAGGGUGCACCGCCCGGCUGGAGCCGACGAGGAGCGCUUUUGGAGAUCUUCAAGUUCAUCAUCGAGGUGGAGGAAUUAUAGACGGACGCUAUCCUGCCUUUCUUUCCACACGGAUUAAGCACGCGUCGUUUGGCACCAAAUUGGGAUCGGAUUCGGAUUGAGACUUGGAGAAGGAUUUGUUUUUUUCUUCUGCUGCUAAGAGACGUGUUCAGGGCAGCCAUCAUCCCUUCGUUGAUCUCCACUAAUCCCGUGGCCAGGAACCUGCGAGGAGCGUCCCACGCAGCCCAGGUCUCAGAUCAACUUAUAUUCUGACGCCAGGAAGCCUCACUGAUCAAGACUGAGUAUCGAAAGGACUACAGUGAAGGAGGUGGGAUAAGAGCGGGCCAUGGCUGAGAGGAUGAUUGCUUCUCAAAGUGAGCCGUGACAGAAUGGUGGACUGUUUGAGCAAAGUCAUGCUGCACACGGUCAUCUCAUGCUGGCAGCCAGUCCUGGGACUGGCCCUGCUGGUCGUCUUUGCGGGAUCCUCUCUGGGCUGUCCCUCCCGCUGCGAGUGUUCGGCGCAAACCAAAGCCGUGGUGUGCCACCGCAAGCGCAUGCCCGCCAUACCUGACGGCAUCCCGGGCGAGACUAGGAUCCUGGACCUGAGUAAGAACAAGCUAACUAUGAUCAACCCAGAUGAUUUUGUCGCCUUUCCGAGCCUUGAGGAGCUUGACCUGAGCGGGAAUAUAAUCAGCUACGUGGAACCGGGUGCCUUCAACGCUUUGUUUGGCAUGCACUCGCUCAGCUUAAAGAGCAAUCGGAUCAAGCUCAUCCCUCUUGGCGUCUUCUCGGGCCUGGCCAACCUUACCCGGCUAGAUGUGAGUGACAACAAGAUCGUCAUCCUCUUGGAUUACAUGUUCCAGGACUUGCACAAUCUCAAGUUUUUGGAAGUGGGCGACAACGACCUGGUUUACAUCUCGCACCGAGCAUUCAGCGGACUUUUAAGCCUGGAGACGCUGGCUCUGGAGAGGUGCAACCUCACUGUGGUGCCAUCUGAGGCCCUCUCACACCUACACAACCUGGUCAGCCUGCAUCUGCGAUACCUCAGCAUCAGCACUUUGCAUCCGUAUUCUUUUAAAAAGCUGUUCCGGCUGCGCCACUUGGAGAUCGACAACUGGCCCUCACUGGACCACGUGCCAGCCAAUACCUUGCACGGCCUCAACCUCACAACUCUGUCUGUCACCAACACCAAUCUGUCGUCCUUUCCCUACCAGGCUUUGAAGCACUUGCCCUACCUGACACACCUUAACUUGUCCUACAACCGCAUCCGGCACAUUGAAGGAGGGAUGUUGAUGGAUCUUGUUCGCCUUCGAGAGUUUCACCUGGUCGGCUCGCAGCUCACCGCCAUCGAACCGUACGCCUUCCAAGGCCUGCGGGGGUUAAAGGUGCUCAACGUGUCGCACAAUCGGCUUGACACACUAGAGAAGGGAGUCUUCCAAUCUCCGGAAGCUUUGGAAGUUCUUCUCAUCGACAACAACCCGCUGGUGUGCGAUUGCCGUCUUAUGUGGAUUUUACAGAAAAGGCACUCCAUCUUGUUUGGGGAUUCCCAGCCAGAGUGCAACACACCCGAGGGAAUUCGUGGCAGACCCUUCCAAGAGUUUAAGGAAAGCCUGUUGUCUUACUACGUGACCUGCACCAAGCCGAAAAUCCGCGAGAACAAGACGCAAACUGUGACAGUGGACGAGGGCCAACAUGCUCUGUUGCACUGCAGUGCCGACGGUACACCGAGGCCCUCCAUGUCCUGGGUUUCCCCGAGGCGGCGCGUACUGACGGCCAGGAACCACGGCAGAGUAACAGUGCACAACAACGGCACUCUGGAGAUCAAGUCUGCGGAGGUUCAAGACGGCGGGGUCUACCUCUGCCACGCCUCCAACACGGCCGGGAACGACACCCUGAUGACAUCACUGGCAGUCAAGAGCCUGGGCUCGCUGUACGCCAACAGGACCCAGUACUACACCGAACCCAGCAACACCACUGCAAACGGGACCGCCAACAUCACCCUGGGCUUGGACCUAAAGACCAUUUUGGUGUCGACGGCCAUGGGUUGCUUCACGUUCCUGGGGAUGGUCUUGUUUUGCUUCUUGCUCCUCUUCGUCUGGAGCAGAGGCAAAGGAAAACAUAAAAACAACAUCGAUGUGGAGUACGUGCCUCGCUCCAAGUCCAACGGCACCAACGUGGACUCGGCCGAAAUCCAGGCCGGUCCUCAUCGUUUCAACAUGAAAAUGAUGUGACUUGUUUUAUAGGAAAAAAAUCUUCAGCCCCUUGUGGAAAAUAACCCGAAGUACAUUCUAUUUUUUUGCAAAUAGAACCACAGCUGAUAGACGAAUGGUCGCAGAGGACUUUGGGGUAAGAGACAAUGAGCGGGACAUUACAAACAGUGCAGUAGGACUUUGGAAUUGCUUCAAUUCAGAAGGUGUGUGAACAGUUCCCAGGGAAAUAAGUGUCGUUUAUCUGCUUUUUGAGAUUUGUAUGCCCUCUUCCGAAAAAAAAAAAAAAAAAAGAGUGCCCUUUGACUUCUCUGGGUUGGAUCUUCUGGACUCGGCUGAACCGUGUACAGUAACCAAUUUGUAUCUUAUGCUAAAAUAGCCUUUGUUGAGUCUUGCACCACAUGCUUUAUCACCCAUUCAGUCAACCCAUGACGGCUAUCAUCGCUUCCUCUGUUCGAUACUUUUGCCCAUGUGUGUACCUAAUGCUUUGUUAUUAUGUACACCUAUUGUAUGUACAUACUCAUUGGAAAGACAUAUUCAUAGCAAUAUUCAUGGGAUGCAUUAGCCAAAAUUGAUAUAACCCUUAUACUGUAUGUUCAGCAAAAAAAAAGAAGAAGAAGAAACACUAUUGAGACUUUUGAAGUUUCCAUGGAUUCAGGAAGGGCUUCGAUGGGUGAUAAAAUGUCCCUGCUCCCCCACGAUUGACUCAGAAAUAACAAAUAUGAGAAAAAUACAUAUUUAUCAAAUGAAAUAUUUUAUUUAUUAAUAAUGUUGGGCAAAAAUCAACCCGCAACUGCUGUUGGGUGUCCAGUAUGAUAUCCGGACUGUCCCUUGGAUGAACAUGAACCACCCUUUUGUCCAACUUUAGUGUCUUUCUAUUCCUUUGAAGUGUACCUUUUUGGCCCAUGUGUCAAAUUUUUGGCCCGUGUGUCAACUUUUUGCUACAGUGAAAUUUGCAUUGCUUCUUUUUUUCUUUCCCCUGUAGAAAAAAAAAUGACUUUGUUGUGGUAGUUCUUCAUUUUGUUGUUGAAUCAUUUAGAUUGUGACAAUUUAAAAAAAUGUUUAAAAAAAAUAUGUAUGUGGAUUAAAUGGAGAUGUAUUUGUACCAAUGACUGAUGUCAACUUUCUUCAUGGCACAAAGUUGCUACUGUAUAAUGGUGAGAUCCCAAAUGGCUUUGAUUAAAAUCAGCAUUAGUGUGGUGCCUUUAAGUUAAAAUUAGUUCAAUUUGUUCCAUGCUCUUAUCUCAAAUCUUAUCUUAAAUCAUUGUUCCCGAUUGAAAUGAAUGAAAACGCAAUGCUGUUCCAGUCCCACAAAAAUGUUGGCCAGGUUUGCACCACGUCAUCUCACAAUGUUUGCAUGUAUGGCAAGACUAA